UGGGGUGACUAUCCUGGUUCCUCUCUCAGUCUUGUAAGGGCACAAAGAUUAGGAAAGCAGCUGAAAAUGAGCCUCACCGCAAAAGACAAGACCUUGGUGAAGACAUUCUGGGGCAAGGUCAAAGGCAAGGCUGAUGCCAUGGGAGCAGAGGCCCUGGGGAGAAUGCUGGUCGUCUAUCCUCAAACCAAAACGUACUUCGCUCACUGGACUGACCAGUCACCUGGAUCCGAGCCGGUGAAGAAACACGGGAAGACCAUCAUGGGUGCUGUUGGAGACGCUGUCGGGAAGAUCGACAACCUUCUCGGUGGACUGAGUGCCCUCAGCGAGGUGCACGCGACCAAAAUGCGCAUCGACCCCGGCAACUUCAAGCUAUUGUCCCACUGCCUCCUCGUGACUUUCGCAGUCAACUACCCAACUGAUUUCACCGCCGAGGUGCACGUGGCUGUGGACAAGUUCCUCGCAGCAGUGAGCGCAGCUCUGGCAGACAAAUAUAGAUAAGACAUCGUCCACUGACCGCUACUGUACCAGCUCUGUCCAACUCUAUCAAGGCGCAGACUCGAUUUCGAAGCAACAAAGAAACAAAUAAAUGAAGUUAUUUCCAGAA